UAUCAAGCUGAGUUAGCUCGAUGGUCUAAUAAACAGCAGAUCGAGCAGUGAUUGUGUUAGUACUAGGAUGGCCAUGCGUCAAUCAAUGUGGGCGGCACUCUUGCUGCCUGUGCUGGUUCUCGCCGAUAGCCUGGCUCUCCAGCCGCCCGCGACAGGCUGCCAGACGAGCUGCGGCGGCGUGGACGUCCCCUUCCCGUUCGGCAUCGGCCCCGGCUGCUUCCUGCCGGGCUUCCAGAUCGAGUGCAUCAACGGUAGCACGCCGAUGCUCCCGGACGAUAGCUACGAAAUCAAGGUCCUGAACCUGAGCGUGAUGCCGCGACCGGAAGCCCGGGUGAUGCUGCACAUCGCGUUCCAGUGCUACGACACCACCGACGGGUCCGCCAAGGACGGCGCAUCUUUUAGAAGCGCCGUGAUCAAGUCCGCGUACCGCAUCUCCGACAUGAGGAACGAGCUCGUCGUCCUCGGCUGCACCACCUUCGGUUUCACCAGCAGCGGGCCGUGGGGGCGCCGCGAUUCCAGCUUCGCCAGCGGGUGCUUGGCCUACUGCGACAACGACGGGAGCGCCAUGGACGGCUCUUGCGUGGGCAUCGGCUGCUGCCGCGUCGAAAUCCCGCCGGGGCUCACCGACAACACCGUAUUCUUUUUGAAUGAUAGUGCCAGCACUUGGUCGCACCAGGGCCUGGGCUUCAGCCCCUGCGAUUACGGAUUCAUGGUGGAGAAGAACACCUACGACUUCCGGGUGUCCGACCUCAAUAUGGACGGGAGCUCCACCACCAAGCCGCUGGUGCUCGACUGGGCGAUCCGCAGCAGCAACGUCAGCUCCUCCGUCGACAACAUGACCUGCACCGAGGUGAAAGGCACGCCGGAGUACGCCUGCCUCAGCGACAACAGCCAGUGCCUCAACUCCACCAAUGGCCCCGGCUACAUCUGCAAUUGUACCCAGGGCUACUGGGGCAACCCAUACCUUAUCGGCGGAUGCAAAGAUAUCAAUGAAUGUCAUGAUCCGAAGCAGUACCCUUGCCACGGUGUAUGCCACAACACCGUUGGUUCAUACGAUUGCAAAUGCCCUUUUGGACAACAGAGCAAACAUAACAAUGCAAAGGACAAUGAUUGCACCUCAAAAUUCCCUCUUGCAGCAAGGCUUUCCCUCGGCAUCAGUCUAGGACUAUUCGUACUUAUUGUCGCUCUGCUUCUAGCUUUCAUUAUGCUCCAAAAGAGAAGAUUGGAUGACCUUUUUGAAAAGAAUGGAGGUGAGAUGCUUAAAAAUGUGAAAGGUCUCACAAUUUUCACAAAAGAUGGACUAAGCAAAAUCACAAACGAUAAUGAAGAGUUUAUUGGAAAAGGUAACUUUGGCAAUGUUUACAAAGGAACUCUUCCUGACAAAACCGUGGUAGCAGUCAAGGCCUCUAUCAAGGUAGAUGAAGCUACAAAGGAGGAAUUUGUUCAAGAAGUUGAGAUCCAGACACAUAUGAUCCACAAGAACAUCCUUAAGCUUAUUGGUUGCUGCCUGGAGGUGGACGUUCCAAUGUUGGUCUAUGAGUUCGCAGCAAAUGGUAGCCUCCAAGAAGUCCUACAUGAUAAAAAGAAUCAAGUACUCUCCUUAGACUCACGUUUGGACAUUGCAAUUGGCUCUGCAGAAGGGUUAAAAUAUAUGCAUAGUUAUGCAACUCAAUCCAUAAGACAUGGUGAUGUCAAGCCAGACAACAUACUUCUUGAUGAAAAUUUGACACCAAAAAUCUCGGAUUUUGGGUUGUCCAAACUACUGAAAGAGGAAUAUGUCGCGAAGGUUGUGGUUGGGUGCAUGGGCUAUAUAGACCCGGUAUUCAUGAAAACUGGCCUUUUGACACAGAAGAGUGAUGUGUACAGUUUUGGAGCAGUUUUGCUGGAGCUCAUUACAGGGAAGAGAAAUGUGUAUGAUGAGAAACGCAGUCUAAUUAUUGAGUACCGCAAAGUUUAUGAAAACGAAAAUCGUGGGACAGCCAUGUUCGACAUUGACAUUGCAACCGAAGAAAAUAUCUCAACCCUUGAACAAAUUGGCAAGCUAGCAAUAGAUUGUCUAAAGGAAGACAUAGAAGAUCGGCCAGAUAUGACAGAGGUUGCCGAACAACUUGUGAUGAUAAGGAGAAACAAGAAGUCCAGAGACAAUACGAAUCCUGACAAUUGGGAACAUUACCAGAUAUAAUGCUCCUAGCAACACAGAGGUCAAUGGAACUACUAGUGCCAAUAUUACAGUGAAAUCAACUACCAACAACAUGGACAUCCUUCCUAGUCCAUAGGCUAGUAAAUGUUCUAUCCAGCAGGCCAAGCAUAAG